AACCUUCCAGGAAACGCUACUUCCGGUUAGCCCUUACCCAUAAUGCACCGCGGCCCUUUCUUUCUUUUCUCAGAUCAACAUGGCGGGUCUGGAUGGUCCGUUAAACGUGCUGGGGCAGAGGAGUACCGGCGAGUCCGUGCGGACACAAAACGUGAUGGCAGCGUCGUCCAUCGCCAACAUCGUGAAGAGCUCGCUGGGUCCUGUGGGACUCGACAAGAUGCUGGUGGAUGAUAUCGGAGACGUAACCAUUACUAACGAUGGUGCCACCAUCCUGAAGCUGCUGGAGGUGGAACAUCCUGCUGCAAAGGUCCUGUGUGAACUGGCAGAGCUGCAGGACAAAGAGGUCGGGGACGGGACCACGUCGGUGGUGAUCAUAGCUGCUGAGUUGUUGAAGAGUGCAGAUGAACUGGUGAAGCAGAAGAUCCACCCCACCUCCAUCAUCAGUGGGUACAGACUCGCCUGCAAGGAGGCGGUGCGUUACAUUAAUGAGAAUCUAACCAUCGGAACAGAUGAUUUGGGCCGAGAGUGUUUGGUCAAUGCUGCUAAGACCUCCAUGUCUUCCAAGAUUAUCGGAGUUGAUGCGAAUUUCUUUGCUGACAUGGUGGUGGACGCUGCUUUAGCAGUGAAGUUUGUGGAUGCCAAAGGCGUGGCUCGUUACCCAAUCAACUCCGUGAACGUGCUGAAGGCUCAUGGACGCAGCCAGAAGGAGAGCAUCCUCGUCAACGGUUAUGCCCUUAACUGCACCGUCGGCUCACAGGGGAUGGUGAAGAGGGUACAGAAUGCCAAGAUUGCAUGUCUGGACUUCAGCCUGCAGAAAACCAAGAUGAAGUUGGGAGUGCAAGUUGUCAUCAACGACCCAGAGAAACUCGACCAGAUCAGACAGAGAGAGUCAGACAUCACUAAGGAGCGCAUCCAGAAGAUCUUGUCUGCGGGGGCGACUGUUGUCCUGACGACCGGGGGAAUUGAUGACAUGUGUCUGAAGUACUUUGUGGACGCCGGCGCGAUGGCAGUGCGCCGUGUGCUGAAGAGAGACCUUAAACGCAUCGCCAAGGCAACUGGAGCUUCGAUCUGCAUGUCUCUGUCCAACCUGGAGGGGGAGGAGUCAUUCGAGGCGGCCAUGUUGGGUCAGGCAGAGGAAGUCGUGCAGGAAAGGGUGUGUGAUGAUGAACUCAUCCUAAUCAAGAAUACGAAGGCUCGUACCUCGGCCUCCAUAAUCCUGCGUGGAGCGAGCGACUUCAUGUGUGAUGAGAUGGAGCGCUCGCUGCAUGAUGCUCUGUGUGUGGUGAAGAGGGUGCUAGAGUCCAAGUCUGUUGUUCCAGGAGGGGGCGCUGUGGAGGCAGCUUUGUCCAUAUACCUGGAGAACUACGCCACCAGCAUGGGCUCACGGGAGCAGCUGGCUAUUGCAGAGUUUGCUCGUUCGUUGCUAGUCAUCCCUAAAACGUUGGCGGUGAACGCAGCACAGGACUCCACUGAUCUGGUGGCCAAACUGAGAGCUUUCCACAAUGAAGCUCAGGUCAACCCUGAACGCAAAAACCUCAAGUGGAUCGGUUUGGACCUGGUGAACGGAAAACCGAGGGAUAAUAAGCAGGCGGGUGUGUAUGAGCCCACGAUGGUCAAGACCAAGAGUCUGAAAUUCGCUACAGAGGCGGCAAUUACCAUCCUGCGUAUCGACGACCUCAUCAAACUCUUCCCAGAGCCGAAAGAGGGCGGGCCUUCAUACCAGGAUGCCGUCCAGUCAGGAUCACUGGAGGAGUAAAGCUCCACCCACUCCAUAUUUAUUAAUAUUCCGUAAUGUUGUAGCGGGUGUAGCUUAGCCACGCACUUAGCUCGUAUUUGUAAUACGACUUGCUGAUUAAUGACCUGUAAUGACCUGUAAUUCACCUUCUCUCAUCUGUUCACAAAAAUAAACAGGAAGUGUACAACUGA